CUCUCUCGCAGCUGCUGAGAAGAAGGGGAAGAAGAAGAAAUAAUGGAGACUAAGAUCGGGGAAGCGGACGCAGUAAGGUCAGAGAGCAGCGAACUGGGAUCGCUUCGUUCCCAGUUCGCCGGCGUCUCCAUGAAGGAGGGCGUCUCCUUGGCCUCGAAGGACUCCACCCUCGGCCGCCACCUCGCCCGUCGCCUCGUCCAGGUCGGCGUCUCCGAUGUCUUCGCGGUUCCCGGCGACUUCAACCUCACCCUGCUCGACCACCUCGUCGCCGAGCCGGGGCUCAACCUCAUCGGCUGCUGCAACGAGCUGAACGCCGGGUACGCAGCGGACGGUUACGCGAGGUCCAGGGGCGUGGGUGCCUGCGCCGUCACCUUCACGGUGGGCGGCCUCAGCGUGCUCAACGCCAUUGCCGGGGCGUACAGCGAGAACCUGCCGGUGAUCUGCAUCGUCGGCGGGCCGAACUCCAACGACUACGGCACCAACCGUAUUCUUCACCACACCAUCGGGCUGCCGGAUUUCAGCCAGGAGCUCCGCUGCUUCCAGACGGUCACCUGCUAUCAGGCGGUGGUGAAUAAUCUGGAUGAUGCUCAUGAAUUGAUCGAUACUGCAAUCGCCACCUCCCUGAAAGAAAGCAAGCCAGUUUAUAUCAGCAUCAGCUGCAACCUGCCCUCCAUUCCUCAUCCUACCUUUAGUCGAGAGCCCGUUCCCUACUUCCUAGCUCCAAAAGUGACAAAUCAGAAAGGCCUCGAAUUUGCAGUGGAAGCAACAGCAGAGUUCCUAAACAAAGCGGUGAAGCCGGUGAUGGUUGCAGGGCCCAGAAUGAGAGUUGCCAAGGCAACAAAGGCUUUUGUGGAGUUGGCAGAUGCUUGUGGCUUCCCGGUGGCAGUGAUGCCGUCGGCUAAAGGACUGUUCCCCGAGCACCACCCUCACUUCAUUGGCACUUACUGGGGCGCCAUUAGCAGUGCAUUCUGUUCUGAGAUUGUCGAAUCCGCCGAUGCAUACAUCUUUGCAGGUCCCAUCUUCAAUGAUUACAGCUCCGUCGGCUACUCUCUGUUGCUGAAGAAGGAGAAGGCCAUCGUCGUGCAACCAGAAAGAGUGGUGGUGACCAAUGGUCCUGCAUUCGGGUGCGUUCUGAUGAAAGAUUUCUUCGAGGCCCUGGCUAAGAAAUUGAACUGCAACACAACUGCUUUCGAGAAUUAUCGCCGGAUUCACGUGCCGGAAGGAUUGCCACCAGAGAGUGCACCAAAUGAACCAUUGAGAGUGAAUGUUCUUUUCAAACACAUACAGGAACUGUUGUCUAGCGAAACUGCAGUCAUUACUGAAACAGGGGAUUGUUGGUUUAACUGCCAAAAACUCAAAUUGCCUCCUGGAUGCGGGUACGAAAUGCAGAUGCAGUAUGGUUCCAUUGGUUGGUCCGUGGGUGCCACACUUGGAUACGCGCAGGCCGACAAACACAGGCGAGUGAUUGCAUGCAUAGGUGAUGGAAGUUUUCAGGUGACAGGACAAGAUGUUUCAACCAUGCUGCGACAUGGGCAAAGGAGCAUCAUCUUCCUCAUCAAUAAUGGGGGCUACACAAUCGAGGUAGAGAUCCACGAUGGACCCUAUAACCUCAUCAAGAAUUGGGAUUACGCUGGAUUUGUUGAUGCUAUUCAUAAUGGUGAAGGAAAUUGCUGGACCGUGAAGGUUCACACCGAGGAGGAACUGCGGGAGGCGCUGGAAAAAGUGAAAGAGGAGAAGAAAGACCACUUGUGUUUCGUAGAGGUGAUCGUACACAAGGACGACACGAGCAAGGAGCUUCUGGAGUGGGGCUCUCGUGUGGCUGCUGCCAACGGCCGACCGCCCAACCCCCAGUAGGGGAUCGCGCUGCUAGCUUUGCUUCCCUGUUUCACCCCAGCCGAUCUUCUCUCCUUCAACCGAACUCUUACGCUUCUUUGCUUGAUCUUCUCGACUGGGUGUCUCCCAUCUCAGGAGUUAUGCUCGUAGUAGAAAUGCAUAGCUUUCUUACUUUUUUAGUAGGUAGUGGCUAGUUUUCUGCGUGAAUAAAGAAUAGAGACUGAAACUAAGUCAUCUACUAUCCUGUCAUCUUGUCAUUGGGGUUCUGACACUGUGUUCAGAUGAGCUACUGUUUGUGUAUAUUGUGCGUGAAUAAAAGUUGGAUCUGAGCGUCAGUUAUUAAGAAUCUGCUUAUCUUGUGAACA